UGUCCACUAAGAGACGCCGUGGGCCACAAUUAAGCUUAGAUAAUAAAAUAGUACGUGAUGGCUACAACAGAUAGGAUGAGUGGAUCUCGGCAAAACGAAUCACGUUGCUUCAAUGAAAACUCUCCAAGGCCACCAGUGCCUGGAGAGGAAACAGGAGGCCAUGUAAGUAGGUUCCGUCCACAGAGUCCAGCUCUGACCCCUAGACGUUCUUCUUUAGCAACACCAACAGCAUUGGGCUCUUGCGAUGCUUCUGCACCGUUGGGUUUUGAGCCAGAAGGUUGCUGCGGAACCACCACUAUGGAGUGUGACUCGUCUCCUCCUUGUUUACGGUGGGCCAGAAACCUGCAUUCCUUGCUGCAGGAUUCGGUUGGUCUGGAACUGUUUAGAAAGUACCUGGAUCAAGAAGGCAAACCACAUGCGAAUCCGCUUAAUUUUUGGUUUGCCUGUGAAGGCCUCAAAGAACAAAGCGAUCCAGAUAGAAUUAACCAGUUGGUUAAGCUUAUUUACAGAAAAUUUUUUCUCAAGUCUCAGCUAGCCAUACCAGAAGAUGUAAGAAAAGAGGCUAAUCGUCGUGUAAAAGAAGGCAGAGUAGAUGAGAAAGUUUUUGAUGCUGUACAAUUAGAAGUGGAACGUCUCAUCAACGAGACUACGUAUCCAAACUUCCUUCGAUCAGAGAUGUAUCUUCAAUAUGUACAGUCUUGCCAAAAUCCAGACUCUGGUGGAUGCCCAAGCUCUGGUUCUAGUCGAGAAAUGUCUGUUUCCUGUGGACCAAGCUUGCUACCUACUGUACACGAGGACAGUGAAUUUGUUACCUCUGUGCACAGCUCGCAUUCAGCGAGCGAGACGCCUGGAGAAUUGAGAAGCGAGCUAAGGCUAACCAAAGAUGUGUUGAUAGCUACUCAACAGACUAGAGCAAUGGAUGUCCGGCCUAAGCCAGAAGCGUGUGCUGGCAUUUAUUUGCAACAUGGAGCUAGUCCGUAUCAUAUGCUCGUACCCAGACUGCACACACAAUAUUCUUCCUACAACCCAGUGUCCAGACAAGAUUCAGAACUCCAAAGCUUAAGCAGUGAUGCACGAACCGAAUCAGACAAUAUAUCUAUCACCGAUUCAUCUGUCGAUGGAAUGUCAAUGGGCAGGCAACGUAGUAAAAAACAAUAUUCGAGACAAUCUAGAGGAAUGAAGGAAUUAGCCAAUUUAAAUCGCGAUCCAAUGGCACAUCAUGUCAUCAUACCUCGAACACAACGGGUACCACGAGAUCUCACGCAACCUUUGAAGCCAGAAGAGUUUGCGCAGGUUCUUAUAGAAAGAUUAGAAAGCGUCAAACGAGAGAGAGAAACACAAGAAAAACUUGAUCGUCAUUUACAAGAAAGCGAAUUACUUAGUAUAGAUACUUCCACGGAAGCCUUACCUAGUAAUAGUGCUCCUAAGGCACUUGCUGAUGCUCUAAGAGAGAAAUUAUCGACGGACGAAGAUAGCGAUCAGGCGAUUUUAGAUCAGCACGUGUCGAGAGUUUGGUCGGAUUUAACACCCUCCAGAUCUCCUGGUCUUUUAUCACCUAGAACACAUUCACCUGAAAGAAGGCGUCCCAUGCAUAGUUACCCACGAUCGUACAAACAAAGGAAAGAAAAGGACGUGUUUUCUACUUUCUCAGCAGACAGUGGGAAUAUUCACGAUUUUCCAGAAGGUAGUGAGCUUGUUCAUGAAUUUGGUUACUUUCCUAAAUCAAAAUCCGUUCCAUCCGAUUAUGCAGAUUCCCUCCAUAAACAGGAUCUUUAUCUUCAAGCUCAUGAUCAAAGAUUUAGAAGAUUAGAUAUGACAAGAAGAUCCUCUACAAAGAAAUCAAUGACAGAGUUAACGGACAGCGGUGUGAGCGUUGUAAGCGAUGUUCCACCGUUGAAUGUGUGCAAAGACACUCGUCUAUUAUCUUGGUUGAAGGAAACAGAUAAGAAAGCGGAUAUCAAGCAUAGCCGGCAUGGCAAAAAAUACGGAUCUAGAAGUGGUUCCUUGGAACGAACAAGUAGGGAAAGUUGGGGUGUACCUGCUCAACCGUUUGUUGCCGAUCCUGGAAUGCCUCCCCUACCGCAACCACAUACGGCAACUCAGUUAGAAGAGGCACGAAGAAGGUUGUUAGCAGAGGAAGAAAGGGUACGCGGUUGUUGCAAACAACGACAUGCAAGUACAUCGAAACAAGCACAUGAUCCUACUGUACAGAGCCAGUGUUGCAAUCAAUCGAAUCAAUCUACGUUAAAAAAGACUAGACAAGAUGCUGGAGAUUUCACCACCGUUGUGUUCAGUUUCUGUGACGAGCAAUUCCCUUAUCGUACCAAAAUUCCUGGUCGUAACGUCACGUUAAAACAGUUUAAGGAAUACCUUCCAAAAAAGGGCAGUUAUCGAUAUUUCUUUAAAACCGAGUGCGAAGACUUAGACGUAAAAGUUAUACAGGAAGAAAUAACAGAUGAUUCUGAGAUUCUGCCAUUGUGGGAAGGCAAAGUGAUGGCACAAGUUAAGACGCUUGAGUGAUAGACUGAUAAAGCAUAUGCUGAGCAAAGAUUGUCUUAACCCAUCGGCUUACCUAAUCGUCAGAUUGACGGGGUCACCUUCGUGUGCCUUGAAUUAACCUAGUCGUAGAUUUGAGGAAUUUAUUUGCGACGACAAGACCAUGUUCAAUGGUCUAUAUAAGCUACUAUCACUAUUUUUGCAUUUAAGACUUCUUUAUCUGCUGCUUCUUUAAUUUAGAAAUAUUGUAUAUUAUAUAAAAAUCAGUUUAUGUACUGUAGAAAAAAAAAAAGAAUAGAAACCGGCUUCCUAUCUUGUCGCUUGAUAGCCAUUGUCUUAUGGCUAAACAACGUCGAUAUUUUUUUUCUUAUUGUUUUAAUUUUUGAUUCCUCUUUAAGCUUACGCCAUAUGCGUGUAGUUUGGACAGAGUGAGAGAGUGAGAGGGAAAGGGAGAGAGGAGAGAGUGAGAGGGAAAGAGAGAGAGUGAGAGUGGGAGUGAGAGUGAGAGAGAGGGAGAGAGAGAGAGAGAUGUACCGUUCCCGAAAUAUAUCUUUUCCUACUUCCAACGGCCUAUAAAAUUGUGUUCGCAUAAUUGUCAUUGAUAUAAAGUAUAGGUUUUCGAUGAAAGAAUUAGAAAAAUAAUUCAU